AUCUAAUAUUGUUCACGAAAAGUUUGACAAACUCGUAUAUUAUAUUUGCAAGCAAAAAUUUAAGGGGUAGACAACACCUUUCUAUAUUAACCUUACCUUUCCAUUUCCCUGCAUCAAAUCCUUCCCAUUUUCUCUCAAUCUCUCCUUCCUAGCAAACACCAUUGAUGGAGAUUUCUGGGGUUUAUCUUCUUUUUCUGAGUCUCUCCUCUUUAGGGACGGUGUUAUCUUCAGCAACGCUUUUUACGCUCCAAAACCAUUGCAGUUUCACGGUAUGGGCUGGUUCACUCUCUGGUAACGGUGCUGCGCUGGGCGAGGGUGGAUUCGUAUUGGCACCAGACUCAUCUGCUCAAUUCCAGGCUCCACCUGGCUGGUCUGGUCGAUUCUGGGGUCGAACAGGCUGCACAUUUGACGACUCCGGCUCGGGAAAAUGUAUAACAGGUGACUGUGGUGGCGUGCUGAAGUGUACUGGGGGCGGUGAGCCACCUGUCACCCUGGUGGAGUUCACCAUUGCAGGCGGAGGCUCAAUUGAUAAGGACUUUUACGACGUUAGUCUCGUGGACGGUUUCAACAUUGCCUUGGGAGUCAAGGCAAUCGGUGGUUCAGGGGAUUGCCAAUAUGCAGGCUGUGUCUCGGAUCUUAACUCCAACUGCCCGCCCGAGUUACGGGUCAUGGAUUCGGGUUCUGUCGUUGCUUGUAGGAGCGCCUGCGCUGCUUUCAAGACGCCGGAGUUUUGCUGCACCGGCGAUCACGCUACGCCUCAAACUUGCUCGCCAAAUAAAUACUCCGUGAUGUUCAAGAAUGCUUGCCCAACCGCAUACAGUUAUGCAUACGAUGAUGCCUCGAGUACUCGAACAUGUUCUGGGUCGGAUUAUUUGAUCACGUUUUGUCCAACCGAGUCUUGAACACGAUUUGAUUCAUGUAGUUCUUGUUUGGUGUUUGAUUAGUAGUUUGCUAGGUUAAUUUGAAUGCUUGGGAUUAUGGGAUUUGUUUGAUUGAUUGUCAUGUUAAGUUACGAUAUUGAAAUCAAUUGUUUGCUUUUACAUUUUGGUUAACAUAGAUUAUAAAGUUGGGUCUUUUAGUUACUGUUUUAAAGAUUGUGAUUUAGUUUGUUUGGGGAGAAAGAAAGUGAUGUGUUGAUGAAAG